UCUCUGCAUAGUUUCCAUUCUGUUUACAUCUGCAGAUGGCGGGCGAGAAGAAGCCAGGCGAGAAGAAGGCAGGCGAGAAGCCAGCUCAGAAGAAGGCAGGCGAGAAGCCAGCCCAGAAGAAGGCAGGAGAGAAGAAACCAGGGGACAAAAAGCCGAUUGAGAAGAAGGCAGGCCAGAAGAAAGUACGCGAGAAGAUAAAGAAGCCUAAGAAGUACCAUACCAGCCGCAACCCUGUCCUGGCCCGGGGUAUUGGGAAAUACUCCCGGUCAGCCAUGUAUGCCAGAAAAGCAUUGUACAAACGCAAGUACACUGCUCCAGAAACAAAGAUAGAAAAGAAAAAGAAAGAAAAGCCUCGUGCAACUAUCAUCAAGCCAGUUGGUGGAGACAAGAAUGGAGGCAGCCGUGUGGUUAAAGUUCGCAAAAUGCCUCGAUACUAUCCAACUGAAGAUGUUCCUCGCAAGCUUUUGAGUCAUGGCAAAAAGCCAUUUUCCCAACACAAGAGGAGGCUGCGGGCUUCUAUUACUCCAGGCACUGUUCUGAUCCUUCUGACUGGUCGUCAUAGAGGCAAGCGUGUGGUCUUUCUGAAGCAGCUUGGUACUGGCCUGUUGCUUGUCACAGGACCUCUGGUUAUCAACCGUGUCCCUCUGCGUAGGGCCCACCAGAAAUUCGUUAUUGCUACAUCUACAAAGGUUGAUAUCUCUGGAGUGAAAAUUCCCAAGCAUCUCACCGAUGCGUACUUUAAGAAGAAGAAGCUGCGUAAGCCCAAGCACCAGGAAGGCGAGAUCUUUGACACUGAAAAAGAAAAAUACGAGAUAACGGAGCAACGUAAGACAGACCAGAAGGCAGUGGAUUCACAGAUCCUUGCACGAAUCAAGAAGGUGCCUCAGCUCCGUGGGUACCUGCGCUCCACGUUCUGUCUCUCAAAUGGAGUCUAUCCUCACAAAUUGGUGUUCUAAGUGUUCUGAAAGCACCACAUUAAAUUUGAGGGGAACAAAGCAAG